UAGUAAUAGAAUAAGGUCAAAGUUUAUAAGAUCGGACUUCAUAAAAUGAAUGAAAAGGGACAAGAUAGUACUCCGUAACAAUACUCUUUCCAAAACAAGAAGAGCAACAACAGCGUAACGGUCCCGAACGUUAUUUUACAAAAUUCAAAAUCAACCCUCUUUCAAAUAAGCGGCACUCUCGUUUCUUCUCUCUCUCUCCUCAAAUUCAAAAACUUACCUUCUUCUUCAGAUCUCAAAUAUAACGUCCCUUUUCUUCUCCCUAAGCUUCACCUCCUCUUCUUCUUCUUCACUCGAGCUUUUUUACCUUCAACAAUGGCGACUCUAACCCCAGGAAUCCUCCUUAAACUCCUUCAAUCCAUGAACACAAACACCAAACCCACCGGCGAACACCGCUCUGCUCUCCUCCAAGUCAUCGGAAUCCUCCCAACUUUACCCUCUAAUUCUCUAUCGAACACCGCAACUACUCCCACUUCUAACCUCGACCUUUGGCCUAACCAUGGCUUCCUUCUUCAACUCUCCGACUCCAAAAACUCCACCUACAUUUCCCUCUCUGAUUGUGACACCGAUCUCAUCCUCUCUAAUCGCAUUCAACUCGGUCAAUUUGUUUACCUUGAUCGAUUCGUGUUCGACCCUUCGUCUCCGAUUCCUUUUGCUACCGGAAUCCGACCCGUCUCCGGGAGACACCCGUUUAUCGGGUCGCCGGAGCCGUUAACUAUUCGGGUUUCGAAGGAGAAGAGGGAUUUUGUCAUUCAGCCGGUUUCGGAUUCUAAUGACUCAAUUGACCCCAUUUUAUCUCUUCUUCAGAAGAAGGGGAAGAAGGAAAAGGAAGAAAAUAAUAACAAUAGUAAUAAGGAGAAUUUAGGGGUGACCCCACAAAGGUUCACUUCUCCGGCACCGGCGAAGAGGGCGGUGUCGGCGGGGAGAAGAGAGAAAGUCAAAGAGAGGGACCCUUCUCCGGCGAUGACCAAAGUUAAGAGGUCAGCAUCACCGGUUCCAUCAAAAUGUGUUGUGCCGAGUUUGGCGGAGGCGAAGGCGGCGGAGGAAGGGAGGAAGGCGGGAAGGGAGGCGGCUAUUGUUGUGCCGUCUCGGUAUCGGCAGCCGUCGCCAACAGCUGGGAGAAGGGCGGCGUCACCGGCAUCGAGGAGGAUGUCGUUGUCGCCUGCGAGGAGGUUGUCUGGUGGUGGAGGAAGUUCAGGGAAUAGGAAGAAGAGUUUUACUGGUGGGGUUGUUAGUGGAAUUGGGAAUUUGAAGGUUGAGGGUAGUUUGGGAAAAAGUGGGAGUGGGAGUGGUAGUGGAGGAAGGAAGAGUUGGGAUAAUGAAGGUGAGGUUAAAGAGAAGAUUAGUAAUUUGAAGAGUAAUAAGCCUGAUUUGCAAGCUCUUAUUAGAACUCAGGCUGCUUUGUCUCGCCGUUUAAGUGAUGUACAUAGUCAUGAAUCAAAGGAUGAUUCUACUUCUGAUAGCAAGUCCAAAUCUAGCACCCCUGAUGAAUUUGUCACACCUGGCAAGCCGUUUGCUUUAGCUGCUGGAAUCACCAUUCACGAUAAGAAAUGGACUGAUGGUAGCGUGCCACUAGACGCUGUAUCAGGCAGCCUUGCAAAGCUUGGGAAGGAAGCUAUCCAAAGGAGGGCUAUUGCUGCAACUGCAGCAGCUGAAGCUUUGCAAGAAGCAUUGGCUACUGAGUCUAUUGUAAGGAGUUUGAGCAUGUUUUCAGAUCUUUGCUCUUCAUCAAAAGCUGGAAACCCUUUACCUACAAUAGACAGAUUUGUAUCCAUGUAUGACAGUGCCUCACGAGCAGUUGCCAAUGUCGAGUCAGUUUCAUCUAGCCAUAGUUCUGAGGCGCAUGAUGUUGUCAUUCCUACGGAGCAAUCAAAGUCUGCCUCUGCUUGGGUUGAAGCUUCUCUCUCCACUGACCUUGCCGUUGUUUCCCUUCUUACUGGCCAAAACACUGAGUCUCUACCACCACCCUCCCUACCAAAGAGCUCUUCAAAACGCCAGUCUAUAGGAAGCACAACCAAAAACCACUCAAAAACCUCUUCAACAGUGUCAGAAUCACCUAAAAAGACAUGGACAAGAGGCCACGGAAUAAGAGACACCAUAGAGCUAGCAAUUACUUUAAAGUCUGAGAUGGAGAUGUGGUUUUUGAAGUUUGUGGAAGAAUCAUUAGAUGCUGGAUUUCGUGUUUUCAGCGAGUGUGGCAACAGUGGUGGCCGGAAACUGCCAGUUGAAUGUGGAUCAAUUGCUGCAAUUUUGUCACAAUUGAAGAGGAUAAAUGACUGGUUAGAUCUUGUUGUCAAGAAAAGGGAUGAAGUGUUAACUGACAAGAUUGAACGACUCAAGAGGAAGAUCUAUGGUUUCGUUAUUCAGCAUGUUGGAACAACUUUUGACAACAACUCCACUCCUAUUUCUUCAUCUUAAAAGGUCCAGCCCUCGGUCAUUUAGAUAACAAGGUGUUCUUAUGAGCAAUUCGUUGUCUUUCGCAGAACUAUUAUGCUUGUGUCAUUGUUUGAUGUCUUAAGCUUGUUAAAGUUCUCACCAGUAAUCUGUAAUUUGCUUCCUUUGCAAAUGAAUUAUUCAUAUAUUUUGCGUAUAGAAAUGGGUAUUUCUGCCUCCAAUUUUUCA